AUGCAAAAUGAUACGUUUUUUGCCACUGGAUCAAGUCCUCCACUGCAGGAGGAAUGCUGUUUGUUCAUGAGCAUAUAUGAAUGUUGUGACAACGUCUGCGUGGCUCUCAAAAAGCGACACAUUCAACAGAAGGAACUAUGUGCCAUAUGCUUCAAUGAUGCCUUUAUGCCUUCAAUUGUAACGAUGUUUUUUAUUGUGAAUUUUGUCAAAUUUGACGGACCGAUGGCCUACAGGGUAGUCCACAAAGUCCUACCUAUUCUGUUUACCUUCACAGUUCAGAAUGAACAUGGUCCAGGAAAAGGGCUGAGCGUCUUGCUGUUUAUAGAGGCCACCGGAUUCAUUAUUAUUGUGAAUUUUGUCAAAUUGGCCGGAACAACAGUCUACAGGGUAGCCAUAAAGUCCUAUCUAUUUUGUUCGUCGAAUUUGGGUUUAUAG